GGCAUGCGCAUUUUGCGAGUCCGGAAGCAAAAUUAGUCAGCGGACAUAUUUUGUGUUUUCAAACAAUUUACGAUGUAUUGACUGUAAGAAACCUCAACCAUGAAGGGGCUUAUAGUUUUUAUGUGUGUGAUUCUACAAGUGUUUGGCAAUGAUCCAGAUGUCAAAAUCGACGAAACCAGUCCUCCUACAAAAUUUUUACCGUUCGAGAAAAUAAUGACGGUGACCAAAAACAGCGACGCUUACCUAACUUGCAAAGUUGAAAACAAACCACCCGACAAAGAUGUGGAAUGGGUCGGUAUACCUAUGCAGCCCGGAGCUCCUUUGAUUUCCAUUUCCAAUGGUCCGGAUUCCAAAGACCCUUUCAAAUAUCAAAUUGAUGUUCCCUCCGCGCUUCAAUGGAGAUUGAAAAUACAAAACGUACAACUAACAGAUGAAAUGAAAUACUACUGUCGGGUGCCCAUUGGUGUCCAGAAAUAUGCUAAAGAUGUGCGUACCUUGAAAGUUGUUACAGCACCUCAAAUAGCAGAUCUUGAAACAGACAGUGAUAUGACUGUUAAAGUUGGUGAUCCUGUAUCAUUGAAAUGCAAUGCCACUGGAAGACCCUUUCCAAUUGUGAAAUGGGAAAAACUUGCUGGAGGUUUGCUACCAACUGGAGGUAGAGAACAUAGAGACUAUGUUUUGGAUCUUGGAAAAGCAAAACCAGAGUAUCGUGGAUCUUACAAGUGUACAGCACAGAAUGAGAAAGGGAAAGCUUCACGUGUUGUUUCAGUAGUGGUGCAGUUUAAACCAAUUGCCCGUGCUGUUCAAAAUCCAGUACAACAGAAAGUUGGAUAUCGUAAAGACUUGAUGUGUGAAUUUGAAGGUUAUCCAAUCCCCUCUUCACAGCAGGUCGCAUGGUCUAAAAAUGGUCAACCUAUCACGACUGGUGGGAACUACGAAACAACAUACAUUGAGGGAGCAUCUGACAAAGUCCGAAUAAAACUUACCAUCAAAAGCGUUACCAAUGCUGAUUUUGGCUAUUACCAGUGUAUGGGAUCCAAUGCUGAAGGAAGUGGAAGCACCCAAAUAGAACUUCAGUCCUCUAAUGUCCCCACUCCUGACUCCACAGGCCAGAUUAACGGUGCCGGAAUGUUGACAUUCAGUAUGAUCACAAUCAUGAUGUUACUUUCUGUUUGCUUUCUGCAUAAAUUUUGAAACAUUGGACAAAUCUUGCAGCAGAACUUAUUCUGAUGCUUCAAAUGACCAAUAAAGCCAAACUAUGCAAUGUACACUUUUAGAUCAACUUUUAUAGACUGUACAAAUUUUGACUGUUAUAUUUCAUAAUUUUUCAUGUUUUGGCAAUUUAGCUACCUAAAUUGGUUGUAAAGACAUGUAUUUUAAUACAUACUUUAGCAUCAUUUUUUUGUGUGGUAGUGAACAUAUUUUUAUUCAUUGUGCCAUUAAUUUUUUUUAUCAAAAUUGAGGUAUGUUAAUCUUUUUGUAUUUUGUACAUUUUCAUCAUAAAGAACUCAAAGAAAGGCUUAAUUUGUGAACAUAUGAUAUAUAUAAUGGCAUUGGGAAAAAAACUAAGAUCAUCAAAUGUAUCACAAACUUAUUUAUUCAGUUUGACUCAACGUUUGUUAAGGAAGACUUCCUAGCCCUCAGUUAUAACAGAUUUUAUUCUAUAGGAAAAUAUGAAAUCAUUGAUUUAUAGCUUUAUACAAGAACAGAAGAAAAAAGAGUAUAUUUUUCAUGUACUUUCAAUCUUUCCAUAUAAUUUCAUAUUUCACGAAGUUGUGAUUACUUUUAUAUUUCACGAAGUUGUGAUUUUACUGAGUGCUUUGUAGCAAUGCAUUCCAUUUUUUGCAUAAAGGUUUGUGAGAGUAUUGGUAUACAAGAAGCAUAUCAUUUUAUGUACAUUCCCAUUCAUAUGGACCACUUUGUGUAAUGUGUGCGAGAAUAUUUUUAUACAAGAUGCAUAUCAUUCAUAUCAGUGAUAUAGUAUACUGAGUUUUCUAAAUCUAUUUUGUAUAUUCAUGUAUAUGGUACUCCUAUUUACAUUCUGAUGAUUUUUAUACAAUAUUUAAGACAUUAAAUAAAUUUAAAGAUAAAUAACAGGAAAA